AUGGGAUCACUCCGGGGACGUGGACGGCUGCUCCAGCCACCAGACACCUUGAUUCCAAUUUUGGUCAACGACCGCAUCCAGGCAUUACCAAAUAUAUCUGUUGUGCAAGGAAAUGUGAAAGGUUUAGAAAGUAAACUAACGAAGACGUCGUCUCAGAUUCGAGCACAACUCUCAGCCAAGGCCCCGUUGCCCGACUCUCUGCGCCAGGAAUCGCUGGAUGGAGAGAACCGAGAUGCCGCGAGCACGGCCACCCCCCCGGUUACUGCCCUACCAGAGCAACUGAUUGAAGGCCUGGAUCCGAUGAACCAACCUGCUCUUGAUGAUCCUCUCGGCAAAUACGUUCGUAUCAGAAGGCCAGCCAGCAGCGUGCUGCGGCUGCUGGACUAUUUUCAAAAAUAUGAAGAUGUUUACGUUGCUUGGGAGUGGGAGAUGCAAGCAGACGGCAUCCCACCUGAGCGGGCUUAUCAAAAAGGAGCAACAGAUUUCUACGGGAUGCUGCCCCACUUGAUAUGUUUGCACAACGAACUGUUGAAAAUCAAUUUGAAGAACACGAAGACGUUGAUGCGAAUUCAGCAGCGAUUAGCCAGUAAAAUGAGACGCGACGCCAGAACUAAGGCGCUGGAGAAGCUGUCCAAAGAGUCGACAGAGAUUCUCUUCGAAUCCAUCGAGCUUCAGAAGCACUUUGAUGGUUACAACGUAUCCGUGCUGGCAGAUCUGGCUUUGGGCGAUCGUACAAAGUACCUUCUUUAUGACUCGAAGAGACAGCGGUUGACUUUUGACACUCGAGCCUAUAUGAAACACGUCAUUCCUGAUGAUCGUGAGAGCGGGGCGGCCGCAAAGGAGCUGGAUCAACGGAUUGCAUCGCUUUGCUUAGACGUAGGAAUAAACGUCGACCAGAGAGGUCAUGCGUGUCUGGCUCAAGAGGAAGGCAUUUCACCGUCGGGAUGGGGGAACCAGUGGAAAGCCCCGCCAUCUCGGGCGAGAAAGGUUAAAGCAGGGGAUGCUCUUGAUAGAUCAACGAUCGGCACUCGAGGAGAAAGCCGGGGAAGCCGGCUUCAGAGUACUUCUGCUGCUUCUGCUCCCGGCGCACCCUCAAUCCACGUGCUCAGAAGUAAGGGCCCUGAAGCGGCCAACGGGCCCAAGGCUGCCAGCGAAUUACCUCAAAAUGUGGGGCGCGGAAACCGGGUGCCUGUGCUGCCCGUUCCACCACCGCGAACAGGGCCAAGGAACUCUGCUCGGCGGACACAUCACGACAAAGAGUCAACAGCCAUCAAGGAACGCGCAGCUGCUGAACAUCCAGAGAUGCUCGUGUCGGGAGCAGACUUUUCGGGGACGAAUGCUAAGCUCCAGGGGUCGACCAACCGUCGUGGCAAGAACUCCAUAGUGCCACCGCUGGAAAUGUCGAAGCUAUUGCGACUAGAGAACCCACCUCCGGCGCUGACGUAA